AUGGCGUCACUAAACUUGUCCCAAGAAGAGUUCAAGGCCGUCGAGCAGACGCGUCAACGACUGUCCCAGAUAUCUAGUAGUAUCCAGAGCCUCAGAACCGAUGUCAGAAACACCAACCCACUACCGAGCCUUGACUCUCUGCAAGCCUCAGCCGACAUCCUACAAAGAAACAUGGAGUCGCUCAUCAGUGUUACCUCGGAGCGCUCCGAGCUGUUUAGUCGCAUCGCCGUACACCCAUCGACCAACUAUCCCGGUCGCACUCAAGAACACAUCCUACUACAGCUUUUGCGCAAGAAGCCCGAACCUGAAAUCGCCACCGCCAUUGACGAGGGAAGAAAGAUGGUCAUAGGGUCUAGCGAUGGUGGCUUGUCGGCGGCAGGUAUUACGCAAGGCAUAGGUGCAAUUACGGGAUUAGGAACACGAGAUAAUAAUGGCGGAGGCAAUGGUAUGGCUCAAGGGUCCGAAAAAGAGAUCCAGGCCACAUGGGAGGCGGCUCGUACAUUCUGCACGAGCAGACUUAUGGAGUAUGUUCAGAAUGAAGCAGACGACCCAUUCACAGAGGAGGAGCGGCAACUUGGCAUCGAAAAUGUCCGCACUGGGCUUAAGAGGUCGCUGGAUGAUGACGAGGGUGAUGACGAAGAUGAAGAUGAAGAUGUGAUGGUGAUUGAUCGUCCGCCGCCGCCACCCGCACCCGGCGUCGUUACACAAGAUGUCGAAGGUACAAUGGUGGAAAAUAUCAUGCGUUUGGCGGCGCGUGGGGAGACUGUUAUGAGUUGA